CUGGCUCGGAAGCUCUCGACCUCCUCAACGUGUAUGCGCGACGAAGACGUUUGGCUGAAUCUGUCUGUGGCGUUGGUCUGUUUCCUCAUCAUCCUUGCUCCGUCCUUCCUCUUUUCGGUUCCCAAGGAAAAACUCACCCCCGGCGACGCCAAGCACAGCAAGAAGAACGAAUAAGAUCGAUGGCUUCGCCUCCUCCGUCUGCGUGGGAAGGCAUGGUGGCUGGUGCUGUGGCGGGCGGGUUGACUCGAGUGAUUGCGGCGCCGCUAGACUUGCUCAAGAUCCGAUUCCAAGUGCAGGUUGGCGCCAAUGCGACGCACUUCCCGAAACAUUACACUGGCCUGGCCCACGCAUUGUCCACCAUCUACCGCGAAGAAGGCCUUCGCACGUUUUGGCGGGGCAACAUUGCCGCAACGUUCCUAUGGGUAUCGUACUCUGGCGUUCAGUUUGGAACGUACCAAGCGCUGCACAACAUCCUCAUGGACGGCGACGGCCGAAACCAUUGGGCGUGGAACAGCGUCAUCGGUGCCACCUCCGGCGUGGUGGCCACAGUGUCCACGUAUCCGUUCGAUCGCUGCAGAACAGUGAUGUCCAGCCAAGGAGUCCCAAAGGUCUACCGCAACAUGCGGCACUUCUUCGCGGUGUCCAUCCAUCGCGAGGGCAUCAAAGGCGGACUGUACAAGGGGCUCGGCCCGACCGUGUCCCAGAUCAUCCCGUACAUGGGAUUGAGUUUCGGCAUUUACGCCACGCUCAGCGAGAUAACGGCCAGCGCGACUCACUCGCGGUUUCGAUGGGUGCUUCAAACCGUGGGCAAUGGCGCCAUCGCCGGCUUUGUGUCGAAACUGCUUGUGUAUCCACUGGACACCAUCAAGAAGCGCAUGCAAAUGCAAGGCGUGCCACGGCAUGCAGACUAUGGCCACACUAUUCCUUCCUACGCGUCGGCCGUGCACUGCGGUCGCGAUAUUUUCAGGCACGAAGGCCUCUACGGCCUGUACAAAGGCACCAUUCCCAGCUUACUCAAAUCGAUGCUCACCCACAGCUGCACGUUUACCAUCUACGAGCUCACAGCGCAAAGCCUCCACAACCUCAAUUGUCUAAUCCACUACUAAUGACACCAUAAUUUCCCCA